UUUUUGCGUGACCUGAUUGGAGAAUUAGACGGGGCCGCUCUCUUCCAUCAGCUCGGUAUCUACCCGGUAACCCGGUCCACUCACACAAUCAUUCAGACCACCCCACCCAAUUUCCCCGCUACCGGCAUCUACAAUCGUCCACCCGAGUCGAUGCUAGCUGGAAAAAGAAGAGCAGAAAUUAUGUCGGUCUCGGUGGCGUUCAUUGGAGUGCUGAUGCUUCAUUUGGUCUCCUCACAGAACGAGCCUUCCAUCAACUCGUCGGACCACAUCAUGCUGCCCACUGAUCACCACAGCCUGCCCAUCACUUUGCAGUGCAACCUAACUUCAGCCCACAGUGCCCACAAGGAGAGCUUCUGGAUGAAGAAUGGGGAGGAGAUCCAAGAGACCCGCGGAGAGAGAGCCAACACUGAGUACUACCUGAAGAAGCCCCGAGGAGAGGAUUCAGGGGAGUACAUGUGUGUCUACACCUUCGAUCAGGCCCCGUCUGCUAACGCCACCAUCGAGAUUAAAGCUGGUCCUGACAUCAUAGGCCACAAGCGUAGUGACAAUAAGAAUGAGGGCCAGAAGGCCUUGCUAUACUGUAAGUCCACUGGCUACCCCUACCCUAUCUGGACCUGGCGCAAACUGGACAACGGGUUCUACAUGGACAUCAACAACUCCUCCGGCCGUUUCUUCAUUAACAACAAAGACAACUACACUGAGCUGAGUAUCAUCAACCUGGACAUCGACUCCGACCCGGGGGAGUACCAGUGUAACGCCACCAACAUGAUCGGCACCUCGUCCAUCGUGUCUGUGCUGCGGGUCCGGAGCUACCUGGCCUGGCUUUGGCCUCUGCUGGGCGUCCUGGCCGAGGUCGUUAUCCUGGUCAUCAUCAUCGUGGUCUAUGAGAAACGCAAGAAGCCAGACGACAUACAAGACGAUGACGAACCAGCUGGACCCAUGAAAACUAACUCCACCAACAACCACAAAGACAAGAACCUUCGUCAGAGGAACACAAACUGAGCAGAUUGAUGUCUCAUUAUUAAUAAUAACAUAUUAUACAUGUAUUGACCAUAUGAAGGUAACCAGGAGAGGGAUCCAUAGCAAUGUGUUAAUGAGGAGGAGGAAGAGGAGGAGGAGGAGCUACUGUAAAUGUCUGUAUUGUAUGAUGAGGCAUGCCUUCUGAUUUGAUUAUCUGUUUAUCGUGUGAUGGGGGUGAAGAAGGUGAUCAAUGAAUGUGAUCCCCAUAACAUUAUGAAUGGUUUACGAAGUGUCUAUGGAAGCAUUAUAACCAUUGUGGCUGCAUGCAGUUAUUGAUUGUUGCUGUUUAUUUAUUUAUUAUUUAUUCUUAUCAGAUUCUUGUCAUUUUCUAUUUUUUUUAAUACUAAUUCUGAAGUAACGCAUGCAAGGUAUUCUAACCUUCUGUUUGGUGUUGACAUGACUUUUUCCUCUCCGUCUCAAAGGGCACCUCAGUCUAUAUACAAUGCACUACUUUUUGACCAGGGGCCUGGGUCUCAAAUCCAAAAUGGCACCCUAGUCCCUAUAUAGUGAUCUACUCUUGACCAGGGCUCACAGGGUAGUGCACUGUAUAGGGCAGGGGUAUUUUGACCCUACUGUAUAGGAAAGGGGUAUUCUGACCCUACUGUAUAGGACAGGGGUAUUCUGACUCUACUGUAUAGGACAGGGGUAUUCUGACCCUACUGUAGGGCAGGGGUAUUCUGACCCUACUGUAUAGGGCAGGGGUAUUCUGACCCUACUGUAUAGGACAGGGGUAUUCUGACCCUACUGUAUAGGACAGGGGUAUUCUGACCCUACUGUAGGGCAGGGGUAUUCUGACCCUACUGUAUAGGACAGGGGUAUUCUGACCCUAAUGUAUAGGACAGGGGUAUUCUGACCCUACUGUAUAGGACAGGGGUAUUCUGACCCUACUGUAUAGGACGGGUAUUCUGACCCUACUGUAUAGGACAGGGGUAUUCUAACCCUACUGUAUAGGACAGGGGUAUUCUGACCCUAUGAGGUCCGGAGCACUGCUGGUUUUCUGUUCUACAUGAUAAUGAUUUACACCCACCUGAUGUCCCAGGUCUAAAUCAGUCCAUGAUUACAGGGGAAUAAUGGGAUCAUUUUUUUGAUGAAUUUGAGUGAUAGACUUUUAGAGAAAAACGGGGCUAUCUAGAACCUAAAAGGGUUCUUCGGCUGUCCCCAUAGGAGAACCCUUUGAAGAACCCUUUUUGGUUCGAGGUAGAACCCUUUUGGUUCAUGGAUCCCGAAAGAGUUCUACCUGGCACCAAAAAGUGUUCUACCUGGCACCAAAAAGUGUUCUACCUGGAACCAAAAAGAGUUCUACUAUGGUGGACAGCUGAAGAAUCCUUUUGGAACCCUUUUUUCUAAGAGUAUAUAAGGAAUAGGUUCCCAUAGGGAGGAAUAGGUUCCCAUAGGGAGGAAUAGGUUCCCAUAUGGAGGAAUAGGUUACCAUAUGGAGGAAUAGGUUCCCAUAGGGAGGAAUAGGGUGCCCUUUGAGAUGCUGGCCUGGUUUUGUUGACUUUCAGAUGCUGGCCUGGUUUUGUUGACUUUGAAAUGCUGGCCUGGUUUUGUUGACUUUGAGAGUGGCUUCAUGUUGAUAGAUAAUCAUUAUUUAUUUGUGUUGACUAUGAGAAUCUAAAGACUUUGCAAUGUAAAA